CGCCUAUUCCUCUACUGUUAAGACUCGACUCGAUAUGAAACUUUCUUUCUGGCGGAUGCAGGGGGAAAACAACUGAUAUGCUGCUAUUGUUGCUGCAACUUAUCAAACUCUGAGGGACGUACUUGUGUCUCCAAGUGAGCUGCGCUACGGGUAUAGGUCUAGAGCCCCACCUUGCGGGAAGUCAGUCUCUUCGAUAACAUCUGAAGCUGCUUGAUCCAGAGUCGUGAUCAGAUGGUCUUGAUGGACUAGAGCGGGGAUGGCUGCGCGAGCGAGACUAUUUUACUUACUUACAACUUUACACCUUUUCUUUAACAACUUUUCUGCGUCGCCAGCCCCUGGCACCAAGACAGAAAGCUCGGAAAAAUGCAACUAUAAGGUGCUCCAGUCUAGCUCUGACGAGAGCGUCCGCAGGCUGGGGAUCACGCUCCGCAGUGACAACUGCUCCCUGAACUGGAACCCGCUGGGGAAACACGCCAUCCAUGAGGUGACCAACGUGACCUUCAGCCACUUGGCCUGUGACAGCCAGGCGGCUGUGGUGGUUCACUGGAUGCCCAGUCCCCUAGGUAUCGAACACAUCAAGGGGUUCAGGGUGUACCUGGAGGACAAGAACCCAGAGGGGAAGCAGUGUCAGCACAUGAUCCUCAAAGAGCCCCGGCAGCUCAACUUCUCCUACAAGAACGUGAGGCUGAGCUCGCUGCCCUUUCCUGGCCUGGCCUUUGAGACGGACUACAUGGUCCGGGUGGUGCCCUUCCCCACCUUCAUGAACGACAGCUUCUUUCCCCCAUCCUUCCUCAGGACCAACUCCUGCGAGGUGCUUCUGGGACCAGACAACCUUGUAUGCAAACCAUUCUGGAAGCCUAAGAGCCUCAACAUCUCCCAGCUUGGCUCCAGUCUGCACGUGGCGUUUGACCCUGCCCCCUCCACCUUUGGCUUCAGCAUCUACUACCUGUACUACAAGCUCCGCCAGGAAGGCCCCUUCAGGCUGAAACGCUGCAAACCGGAAUUCACUUUGCCUAAAACGACGUGUGUCCUCCAAGAUGUAACACCAGGGACGUAUGCCAUAGAGCUGAGAGAUGACAGCAACAACACCAGGAGACAGGCUCAGUACCAUGUCAGUCAAGUCCACUCUCCGUGGGCGGGGCCUAUCCGAGCCAUGGCCAUCACCGUCCCGCUGGUGGUCAUGUCGGCCUUCGCCACCCUCUUCACUGUCAUGUGUCGCAAGAAGCAACAAGAGAACAUCUACUCGCACCUGGACGAGGAAAGCUCCGAGUCGUCCUCUCACGUCACGGCGCUGAACGCCGACCGACCCAGACCCAGACCCAAGGUGUUUGUCUGCUACUCCUCCAAGGACUGCCCCAAACACCAGACCGUCAUCCAGAGCUUUGCCUUCUUCCUCCAGGACUUCUGUGGUUGUGAGGUGGUGCUGGACCUGUGGGAGCACCUGGAGAUCUGUAAGGAGGGCCAGAUGUCGUGGCUGAGCCGGCAGAUAGACGAGGCUCACUUCAUCAUCACUGUCUGCUCCAGGGGCCUGAAGCACUACGUGGAGAAGAGGAGCCGUAAGGGCAAGGCCCCGGCUAGCCGAGCGGGCUCCAGCAGCACCGGUUCCCCGGGCGUGGCUGGCUCCAGCGGCGCGGAGCUCUUCAUCGUGGCGGUGGCCAUGAUCGCAGAGAAGCUGCGCGAGGCCUGCCAGAGCUCCCAGGACCUGUCUCGCUUCAUGGCGGUGUACUUCGACUACUCCCAGGAGAGCGACGUGCCCACGCUCCUGGGCCUGGCGCCCAGGUACAAGCUGAUGGACCAUCUGCCGCAGAUGUUCUCCCGCCUCCACUCCCGCCAGGCCGGCCCGGCCGAGCACGAGCAGCAGCCCCUCAACGUCUCCAAGAGGAACUACUUCCGGAGCAAGUCGGGCCGCUCGCUCUACGUGGCCAUCUGCAACAUGCACCAGCACGUGGCCACCGAGCCCGACUGGUUCGAGAGGGGGCUGAUGCCGGCCCCGCUCCCCGCCCCCCCGCUCCCGCCCCAGAGCCUCCGCACCGCCUCCACCUCCGACUCCGUGGCCAGCUCGGCCACUCCUCCCCUGGAGAAGUUUGACUCGGGCCUGGUGCUCAACGAGGUGGUCUUCAAGUCUCCUUCGGACGGCGAGGGGACCCUGAGGAGGAAUGUUCUGGUGCUGCCCCCCAGCCUCAGCCUGGGACACUGCUCCCUGCCCGGGCCCAGCUCCUGCCAGGCCCAUGAGGAUACCUACGGGGCUGGGGGCCCCGCCUCGCACGGUGGCUACCCGCCCCUUAGAACCUCUCCUCAGGGGGACGGCUCUGCCAGCCCCCCUGAGAUGCCCCGGGACUCGGGCAUCUACGACUCGUCCGUGCCGUCAUCAGAGCUGUCCAUCCCCCUGAUGGAAGGGCUGUCCCCAGACCAAGCUGACACCUCCUCCCUGGCCGACAGCGAAUCCUCCUCCUCGGGACUGGGAGACGAGGAGCCCCCUGCUGUUGGUUCCCUGCAUUGCACCGUCCCCACUGUGUGUAAAGCCCAACUGCACCACCACCACCACCCAGAGCAGAGUGAAGGACUGACUCCUGUAGCACCCUUGUAGUGGGCCCUCCCCCCCCACACACACCUCCCCCUCCACACACCUCCCCCCACACACCUCCCCCCCCCCACACACACACACACACCACCCCCCCACACCACCCUCAUGACUCCCUGGGCUGUGUUCCAUUCCGGUGUUGUUCCCUCCGCGUCACCAUUCACCUGAAAGGGACCAAUGGAAAUGGAAUACUCCCCUGUUCACGAAGGGAGCUCACGACCCACACAACCCUGGACUUGCAACGCCACUUUAAUGUGUGACUAUUCAACUUUAGUAACAGACUCCUUAAACCUCCAGAAAGUGACAACUGAUUACCCAGAGUGCACUGUCACAUGCUCCACCAUUCGUGGGUUAAGUCGGGUCGAUGUCAUAAUCCGUAUGUUUGUCAACUGUGGGAGUACCUGCAGUGGUGUGAACCAUGAAACAGCAGCAAGGAGCUAUCUAACCAAAGUGGUUGUAUCGUUUUACAACCUACCCCCAUUUAGAUGUCAUAUGUUAGUGGUUCAAAGUCCUUCAGAUCAGCACCUGUCAGCUCUUACCAGGUUAACAUUUUUCUUAACGGCUAAGUGCUUUUAGACUGAGUGCCAGUGGGUGUUGGCUGUGCUGCAGUCCUAUACUGGGUAGAAUGUGGAAUGAAGAGGGGACAAUCUGUGCAUAGUUCUCUUUAAUUUAUUGUCAAUUAAAUCAGUUUGGAGGCACACAAACAGGGUUGGUUACAACGUGCUCAAAAGUAUUUGUGUUGAAGCACUUUUUUAUCUUUUACAUUGUAAUGUGAUAUUCCUUUUAUUGACCCACAACAUUGUUUACUAUUCUAAAAUCCUCAUUAGAUUGGGAUUGUAUUACGAUAUCAAACAUUUGUGAAAUGGCUCAUCUCAUGAACAGUUUUUCCCAAAACAGAAAACAAUUUCACUGAUACUUUUGUUUGAAUUAUUUUGCCAAACCCCUCAUUUUACGAUUUUUUUGUUUGAGUUGUAAUUUCACUUUAACAGUAUUUUUUUUUUAAUGUUUUAAUUUCAUACUAGAUAACUUCCAAGUCAAAAUAUAUUUCAGAGUUAGGUAAAUGUACACCUGUAUGAAUCCUUACAUGUUUGGAACACAUGUAGAGGUGAAUUUUAAAUGAAGUUUCAAUAUUUUGCUAUUGUAAAUAUAAAGUAUGUGGUUUGGAAAUAUUGGUUCUGUUAAUGUGUUGUAUUGUUGUUUAGAUUAUUAGUCUUUUUCUACAUAUAUAUAUAUAUAUAUACCUUUGUACUGUUUUAUAGUACCCCAAUGUAGGAAUUAGGCAUCAAGUGAAUAAACGUUUUCUCUUUCUCCAUAAA